AUGGAAGAACCACUUACGUCCAACGUCCGUCCUGCCACAGACGCCGUGCUUACAAUCCGCAUAAUCAAGUCCUUUCCCUACCGCAAUGUGAAAAACCACAUUUUGCGGUCCGUGGAUCUCAAGGCCACCACUCCUUCUCAGCUUCUAGACCAGGUGGUGGACAUUGUGAAUACCACAGGUGCCAUGAGGCCUUACAGAAACGUGGUCUACGAUACGGUCAAGGUGUACACGCAUGCCCACAAGACCAAGUCGAUGAACUUGGUGAUCAACUUUGAUGAGGAUGAGAGGGACGUUUUGGUUUGUAAGGGGAAGAAUGUGGAGAAGACGGAGCUGCUCUGGGACUUGGGCGUGGAGAACGAGACGGAGUUGAGUGUUUUCAAUUGGGAGGCGUACGAGGAGUUUAAGAGGAAUCCGGAGGAGAAGUGGUAA